GAUUCUGCGUCACUGUCCUUCGGCCCCCCAACUUUGCCUCUCUAUUAAUUUUCUUCACUCUUUUGUAUAGAAAUCGCAUUCUCUCUCUACUUUUACUCUCUUUCUAGAGAAUCUAAAUGGAUUUAAGCAAAAUUCGGGUUUCGUUUCGUAUUUUUCUUUUUAUUUCCUGCUGAUUGCAUCGAAUUACUUUUUUGUUUUUUUAUAAAAGUAGGGAUCUAAGUCCUUCCUUUCAUGACCUGCUAAAUUUUAGCUUAGAUUAUUUGUUCUUCUCUUUUCAUACUCGUUAGGUUUUAUUUUGCUGUCUUAAAAUUCAUCAUUAUGUUUUUUAAUUUUGUGUUUCUGUUUUCUCUGGUUUAAUGUGAAUCUUUUCGCCCAUCUUUGUGUUUUCGUUGACUCAGAAGUGGAUAAGUCUUUUUAUUUUUUGAUUUCUCAAAGAAAAGAAAGUUCUGAUUUCUUCUAUUUUUUUUUUCCUUAUGCUGCCCUCUUGAAAGUUUUAUGCUUGUUAAAUUAGAGACAAAGCUAGGGUUUUUAUCUAAUUUUUCUCUGUGUUUUUAAAUGCUUUGUAGAUCUUGAUACCUGAAUUUUUUUUUAUCCAAAUAUUCCCUGGAAAAAUAAAAUUUUUAUAAGCUAUUUUCAUGGCGAUCGAUUUCGAAUCUUUAACAGAGGCCACUUCUGGAGCUAUUGGGUCCUUAGUGAGCACCACCGUUCUCUAUCCCCUUGAUACUUGCAAGACCAAGUACCAGGCUGAUGUCCAAGCAGCUGGUCACCAGAAAUACAGGAACCUUUCAGAUGUUCUAUGGGAAGCAGUUUCUACUCGCCAGAUUCUUUCCCUGUACCAGGGACUUGGAACGAAGAACUUACAAUCGUUCAUAGCCCAGUUCGUCUAUUUUUAUGGGUAUAGUUAUUUCAAGAGGCUUUAUUUGGACAAGACUGGAGCUAAAUCCAUUGGGACAAAGGCAAACCUGGUUAUCGCUGCUGCAGCAGGGGCCUGCACUGUUAUAGUAACACAGCCAUUGGAUACAGCAUCUUCCAGGAUGCAAACUAGUGCCUUUGGAAAAUCAAAAGGACUAUGGGAAACUCUUUCAGAGGGUUCAUGGAGAGAGGCUUUUGAUGGCCUUGGUAUAUCUCUUCUGCUUACAUCCAAUCCGUCUAUUCAGUAUACAGUAUUUGAUCAGUUGAAGCAACGGCUAUUAAAGGGACAGCAGAAGACAACAGUAGGCACACCAGAUUCAUCUCCACAAUCUCUUUCAGCCUUCUCUGCCUUCUUAUUGGGUGCCAUUUCAAAGAGCAUCGCCACAUGUUUGACUUAUCCAGCUAUCAGGUGUAAGGUUAUGAUUCAGUCCUCCGACUCGAAACAAGUUAUGAAUGGAGAUGCUCAACUUCAUUCCAAGCCUGCAAAAACAUUCGUUGAUGCAUUGAAUUUCAUUUGGAAGAGAGAAGGGAUUUUGGGUUUCUUCAAAGGGUUGCAGGCUCAGAUUCUAAAGACUGUUUUGAGCUCGGCAUUGCAGUUAAUGAUAAAGGAGAAGAUCUCAAAGACCACUUGGGUGUUGAUGCUGGCUCUUCAAAGAUACGUCUUUGCCUCUAAGAAGAGAAUCAAGCAAGCUUAGGUGUUAACGUUUAUCUCUCUCUCAUAAUUCUCUGAUGCGAAUAAUAUGGCUGUGCGUUUUACGACGACAACCUGGGAGGAAAUCUCUCUUGCAUAGGUGGUUGGUUAAGCAUCCUCCUAAUCAUAUUUCCUUUGAGGCAGUGUCCUUCGUGAUGCACUGUAAUAAAGUUUUGGAUUUUUUAUUUUCUCUCUCUCCCCCUCUCUAGCAAUGGAUCUUUGGCAGUUUCCUUCGUGAUGCACUGUAAUAAAGUUUUGGAUUCUUUAUUUUUUCUCUCUCCCCCUCUAUAGCAAUGGAUCUUUGCCUGUGUUUAUGUAGUA